AUGAGUAUAUCAAACUUAGUUCGAUAUUGUUCAUUAACGCUAAGAUUAAUUUAUAUAACAGCUAGAUCUUUACUACCAGUAGAAUUAAUCUACUAUGAUACUCGACGAUAUGCUGGGCAUGCUCGUUGGCAAAAUAUUGCAAAAACUAAAGCUGCUAAUGAUCAAAUAAAAUCACGCGUUAUCGAAAAAUUAUCUAGUAAAAUUGUGAGAGUUAUUCGACAGAAUGGUAAUGUUACUGAUUCACAAUAUAAUGCUGUAUUACGUGCAACAUUAGAAGAAUGUCGUAAAAAUAAUAUGCCAAAAGAAACAAUCGAUCGAACAAUUAAACGAGCUAUUGCUCAAAAAGAUAAUAUGGAACAAGUUAUUUUUGAAUUUAUUGGUCCUGGUCGAGCUUUAUGUCUUACUGAAGUUAUGACUGGUAAUUCAAAACGUGCAUUUAAUUAUCUAAAUAAAAAUGCAGCUAAAAUUGGUAUUCCUGAAAUAGCUAAAAGUGGACAAAUUGCUGAAUAUUUUGAUCAACGUGAUUAUGCUUGUAUUGAAAAAUCAAAUACAAACGAAGAGAAAGGUACUAAAUUAGCGAUUGAAAUUAAUGCUGAAGAAGUUAUUCAAGCAAUUGAUGAUGAUGAUGAUGAACGAGAAGUAUGGAAAUUUCUUGGUCCACCAACAUUCUAUGGUCAAAUGAAAGCUAAUUUAACUCAAGGUGGUUAUACAGUAACAUCUGAUGGUUCAGAAUUUAUUCCUAAAGUAACUGUACCAUUAAAUGAACGUGAUAAAAUUCUAUUAAAACAAAUUAUAAAUAUGUUUGAAGAUCUUGAACAAGUUGAAGGUGUUCAUACUAAUGAAAAUGAAAAAGCUCAAUUAAUAUUUAUCGAUAAUAGUGAAACAUGUCAAAUAAAUAUAAACUUAAUUCAACCAUCAAAUAGUAAAUUUAGUGGUCGACCAGCACAAGUACAUGUUUUAUCAUUGACACAAAAUGAUAAAUGUGGAUAG